GACAGCUCGUGCAGCCUCGCCGAGCGCCCCGUGCUUGCUCUGCUCUCGACCUGCACCGCUGUACCUCUCAGCCGCUCAAGACACUCGUACAGCAUGACCGUCAGCCACCACAGCCACUCGGGCGAGUUCUGCUGUCACGCCAAGGGCACUCUCGCCGAGGUCGUUGAUGAGGCGAUUCGGCAAGGGUUCUCGACGUUCGGCCUGUCUGAGCACGUUCCACGGUACCACGAGUCACACAUGUACCCGGAGGAGUCGCACCUCUCGCCCGCCGACCUCGCCGACACCUUCGACGCCUACCUCGUCGAGGCGCAUCGACUCAAGAAGCAGCACGCGGGCAAGAUCGACCUCCUCGUCGGCCUCGAGAGCGAGUACAUCGACGACGCCGGCCUCGACGAGCUCGCGGCCCUCAUCGAGCGCAAGGGCACGGCGAUCGAGUACGUCGUCGGGAGCGUGCACCACUGCGACGAGCUCCCGAUCGACUUCGACAAGGCGCGCUUCGACGACUGCGUGCAGCGGCAGUCGGCGGCGAGCGAGGAGGACCGCCUCGUCCAGCUCUUCUCGACCUAUUUCGACAACCAGCACACGCUUCUCAAGCGCCUCGAGCCCGAGGUCGUGGGCCACUUCGACCUGUGUCGCCUGUACUACCCUGACGUCGACUUUCGCGCGUUCGCCGACGUCUGGGCCCGGAUUGAGCGCAACGUCGAGCUCGCCGUCUCGUACGGCGCCCUGUUCGAGGUCAACGCGUCGGCUUUCCGCAAAGGGUGGAGCACAGCGUAUCCUGGUACCGAGGUCUUCGAUCUCAUCCUCGCCAAGGGCGGCCGGUUCACUCUCUCGGACGACUCGCACGGCCCACAAGCUGUCGGGCUUCACUACGACCGCGCGUACGCCUACUUGCGCGAGCGCGACGUGCAAGAGCUUUGGCGGCUCGUGCCGGCGAGCGAGGGCGACAAGGUCAAGCGGGGCGUUCGGGCCGAGAAGAUCGAGGGCGGGCCAUGGCUCGACGCUUGGCCGCAGCUGCUCGCGUCGACGACGAGGCGGGACGAGGCGGGACGAGAUGGCACGAGAACGGACUGAAUUGCACAGAGACUGAGUGCGCGCGUUCGCGCAGCUAGACAAGCGAGACGAGGAGAGGAGGUAUGGUGCGAGAGGGAAAGCGGUAUCGUCGACAGAGAGGUGUACACAAAAAGCGAGAGGGAAGAUGCGUCGCUCAG